AUGUCGCUGCAGGUCCCCUACCGUGGAAAGACGUCCAGAGAGGCUGCCACCAAGGCUGUUAUUCUGGUCGGCGGUCCUUCCCGUGGUACUCGAUUCCGUCCUCUUUCUCUCGACGUCCCCAAACCUCUCUUCGAGGUCGCUGGCCACCCCAUCAUCUGGCACUGCCUGGCUGCCAUCGAGCGAGUCCCCGGCAAGGAGAUCACCGAGGUCCUCAUCAUCGGCUACUAUGAGGAGUCCGUCUUCCGCGACUUCAUCAAGGACGCCUCCAGCGAGUUCCCCAACCUGACGAUCAAGUACCUGCGCGAGUACGAGGCUCUUGGCACUGCUGGCGGCCUCUACCACUUCCGCGAUGCUAUCCUCAAGGGCCACCCGAGCGCCUCUUCGUCCUGA